AUGGUCCACCAGGAGACUCAGUUAUUUGAAGAUGAACCAGCUCUGAUUCGAUGCCUUCCCCAGUUAAACGACCUUCGCCUGGCAGGUGAAUUGACUGAUCUGUCUAUCGAGCUAGAUUGCAUAUUUGCAAUUGGUGGACGUGCGGAAGACGCCAGUUUUUCAACAGUUGACAAAUUUGAUACAAAAAAACGUCGAUGGGUCGAACUGGCACCACUCUACAGGGAGCGGUUUAACCAUUCAGCAGUCAGUGUUCAAGUGGGCCGAGAACGCGUUAUAUGCGUCUUUGGAGGAUGGACCAGGAAUUACGAAGAAGAAUACCUAAAAACCUGUGAACUCUAUUCACCACGGGAGGACAGGUGA